AUGUUGGGAGAUCCAGCUCGGCUUAAUCAAAAGCUCAGAUGCACUUACCAUCAAGACAGGGGGCACAUAACUCAGAACUGCAGAGCACUGAAACAACACUUGGAAGACUUAGUAGCAGCUGGGCACCUUCGGGAUUACAUUGAUCAGGAUAAAGAAGUGACUGAACCAGGGAACCUACUACCAGAACCAAAUAUUGAGCAUCCACCUCGGCUGAUAAUAAAUGUGAUACACGGGAUAGCGACUCAGGAGCCUGAGGAGACACUGAAAGAAGAGAUUGCUAAGGCUGUGCAAAUCCAACAAGUCAUGUCAGUGGAGCCCGCAUCGAAAAAGGUACGCGCGGUAUCCAAAUCCCCCUUGUGCACUGUUUCAUUUACUAGAAAGGAUUUAGAGUGCAUACAGCACCCACAUACUGAUGCACUGAUUAUAACUGUGGGAAUUGGGAAACGAUUUGAUGUAAAACUAGUCUUGGUAGAUCAAGGUAGUGCAGCAGAUAUAUUGUAUUAUGAUUUGUUCAGAAAGCUUGGUCUCUCCGAGUAG